AUAAGUAAAAUAAUUUUCCUCUAUUCUGACUGGGUCUACUAAGUCCAGAAUUGCAUAUGGGAAACGGAUUUGUGAGAAAUGACGACUGAUUCUACACGUUUAUGUACUUAAAUCGUCGUGUAUCCGUUUCGGUAGAUUCACGCAAUGUUUUGUUAGUUGGGAAAUUGUCAAUUGUCAAAAUUCAAAACGCAGCAUUUCCGCUAUGUGUAGCCGCGGUCUCUCGCUCUGCCAGCUGUCAACUCUCAGCCGUCAUUUCGUUUGGUCGCGCGCUAAAAAAAAAGAUCAAGCAUUUGUGAAGCUUUUGCUUUCGCGCGCUCCGUGAAAAAAAAAUGGAGAAAACUACUGUGGUGGAUUUCGUUGUUCGCUGUGCCGGCUUCGCUAAUUUCGCCCCCGUACUGUACGCGCUGGUACGGUCCAAGUGAGAACGCCAUUUGCCGCGGAAGCUGUCGACAUUUUGCGCCCGCCCGGUGGGGUUUAUCUGUGUGUGAAUUAUCCGUGCGCCCGCUGCGGAAAGGGGUCGUAAACACCCUUCGAAAAGACGCGCAAUUCGCAAUCGUCCCCAUCCUCCACGCCCCCAGCUGUCAUCGAACGUUCAACUGCGGCGACCGUACGAUACAUGAAGCCACCCUUUCUUUCCGCUGGGUGGCUGUAUGGUGUUCGGCCAUUCAUGGGCGACAGUUUUCUUGGACGAUAUCGAUGGAGCAGCCAAAUCAUUUGAAUGGCAGCAGCCGCAGGGACAAGAUCAGCUCCUUCCGAUCAACGGUGCAGCUAUAACUGCAGUGACAUCAAGUGCACACACCGGAGCGUCCAUUCGUUUGUGUAUACUGUGCGUGUGCCUGCGGGUUUAGGUUGUGCCCUUGGAACAUUUCGGGCUAGCAUCGGUGGUUUCCUGCACGGAGGACGGUAUUAUUACCAGCAGAAUUUAAUUGCUUCCCAGUGUGAAGGGACGAUCGCGACAAACAAAGGCCGAAAGGUGCCUUUCAAGUGUUUAUGAAUUAGAGAACAAUAGGGAAACUUGCUAAAAACAUUACAGAACUGAACAUAGUUUAGCGCAACAAGGAACAAUUUCCCUCUAGUGUGUUUGUUAUUUAGGUUGGCGUAUCCGCGCUAGCGAUGCUACUGUCAUUCGGUUACAUUGUGUGAGAUCAGAUGCUGAAGCGUGUGUGUUUGCGUGUAUAAGCAAGCGGUGACUUUUUACGAAACCAGCCACCAGCAGCCACGGAAGGACUGCAUUUUACUGUGCCGGAAAAUAGUUCUAAAAUUGCCAAUAGAAAAACGAUCAAACGAUCGUUUCGGCAAAGAAGUAGAAGCUUCUAUUAGAAUAGAGAACCCGUAUUAAAUUCCUCAACUAACGCAAGGAAUAAUCAACGUGCAAUUUACACAUACACACAUCAUCAUCAUCAUCAUGUCGGCAAACGAGGAAACGGCACCGAACCCGGUGAAUGGUGUGCGGGAAAUGCAUCGGAAAAUUUGCCGUGCUCUCAACAUCGAUGCCGACACGGAGAAGCUAUCGUGGGAUUCGUAUGAAACAGCUCGCGAUCAGUUCGAUCUUACGGGAGAACCAACGCAUUGGAUGUGCUGCGCUCUAUAUGUCGCAUGUCUCCAGGAGCUUCCAGCUGUUGGUCAUCCGGAUCACUACAUACAGGGCAAUGGUGUGAACAUUACAAACUUGCUGACACAGUGCAAUAUAAGGAUCCAGGAUUUCUUCUCCAAGAUGAAACAGUGGUCCGAGAUUCGUUCACUGCCCGCCCGUCUGCUGACGGCGGUCGAUAAUUUGCACCACGGGUUUUCCGUCUCGAUCACGACGUACACCGCGUUCUGUGAGGAUUUUCCACGCAUCUUCAACGAAGCUAAUAUCGUACCGGAUGAACCGAAGCGUAACAAGAAAUCGAAACCGAAUCCCUGCUCGUACAAUAAGCUGCGCGAGUUGGGUUGGCUGCUGUUUCUUACCGUAAAGGAAGAGCACAAUGAGCAGCGGCAUGAUCUUGCCACCGCGAUGGAUCUGUGCGUGUGCGUGUUGGAUCUCAUCUAUCGCAAUGUGGUCGCCGAAGGUCGUAUGGAUCUGAUCAAUCCGAAGGUGCUGCUGGAGGGUGGCAGCAGCUCGGUGGACGGAACGACUGCUGCGGCCGAAGCAGCUAUGAGGGUGAACGUACGUGAGCAGCUGUGCAAUGAGUAUCCGACAUCGAGCGAGAGCGUUAACGAAACGAACCUGUCCAUAUUUUUGCCCUCACUAUCGGCAAUGCUGGAUGCGAAUGAUCUGCGAGGUUUACGGGUUACUAACGGUGAUACAGUAACCUUUAUGGGUCUCGUGUCGGUGCUCAAUUUCGAGGAAAAUCUGAAAUCGCUUAACCGUCGCUACGAACGUUGCAUCCUGCGGUACGGAAUGCUGGACGAGCGAAUUGCACUGAGCAGCCGUACCUCGCCGACGAGUCAAAGGAAUCGCUGGAGCCUCCAAUUUGCAGGCCAUCCACGUACACCACUUAGCAUCAAGUCGACCAGAGGCGUUGGUGCAUUGAGCGUCAAUCGGAUCGGUUACGAGGCUGGUCGAAGCUUCGUAACCGGUACCAGCGGAUCGGAACUGUCAACGAACAGUCCGUUCGUUGUGCGCGGUACGCUCACACAGUUGAUGAAGAAAAUCCAGGGACACCAUCAGGGUAAACCGCGCGGCACUUUUCUCAUACUGAUGGAAAACUGUACGCCCAGUCCGCUCGUUACCGUACUGGAGCACGUUGUACGGAUGAGGACAAAGUUUGUGGAGAAGCUCACUGCAAAGGAAGGCUGGAAUACACGGUCGGCGGAGAGCCGGUUCGAUGCGAUUGAGGCACUGUACUAUCAGCUGCUGGAAAACAUUAUACCGUGGGAGUUGAAGAAGCGACCCACGAUGACGGUGUCGAAAGCGAUCUUUGAUCUGUGCACGAACAACAUAUUCAACGAAACGCUAAUCGUGUGUGCGGCGGAAGUUAUUUUCUUCCUACGCCAGGAGCAGAACAAUUUUCCCUGGAUAUUGGAUGUGUUCGGUAUGGAACCGUUUCAAUUCUUUCACAUCAUCGAAGUGACGGUAUCAUCGAACAGUGAAAUAUUCACAUCGGACAUUGUGAACCAUCUGCGAAGGAUUGAAGAGCAAAUUGUCGAUUCGAUCAGUUGGAAGAGUUCCUCGGUGUUGUGGGAAAAGAUGGAGAAGGAAAAUUAUCAAAUUCCGGCCAACAAGGAGGUUGAGCAGAGGGCAGAAAUAGCGGGAGUAACGCCGCUAAAGGGUGAUUCCGUACCCAACACACCGAACGGUACACGUGGCGGCAGUUCAACCGGUGUUGCAGGUUCCACCGCCGGUCCUUCAUCAUCGGCGGUAACUUCAACUACCGGGCGUCCAGCACCGCAUCCAGAUUCGGCUAAAAAAAAGCUAUUUUUUGAUCCACCCGCGACACCAUCAAAAAUACCACCGGCAGUACCAGCUUCGUCCACGACCGAGUUGUCCACUACGUCCGCCAGUAGCGGUUCUGGUGCUGUUGCAGCUGGAUCAGGAACUGGACCAUCUACCGGGUCGUCCGAAAUGGCCAAUGUGCUAGGUUACAUCAGCAACGGAAGCAAUGACUCAAAGCCGAUCUCACCCUUUAGUUCUCCUCAGCGCAGCAGCAACAAUCAUCAUCCACCUUCGAUUGAAACGCGCCGGUUGAACUUUUUCUUCCGCAAGAUGUACCAGGUCGCGUAUGAUCGGCUGUGCAAUCUCUGCCAGAAUCUCUGCAUCGAUUCGGAAGUGAUCCAAAAACUGAUCUGGACAAUACUUGAGUUUACGAUCACGAAACGCUCGAAGGAUCUGAUGCGCGAUCGCCAUCUGGAUCAGCUGCUGAUGUGUGCAAUCUUCGUGACGGUGCGCAUCAAGAAGUUGCCGAACACGUUCAAGCAGAUAAUGCACUGCUACCACAGUCAGCCACAGGCAAACAGUUCGAUCUAUCGAAGUGUGUUCAUACGUCAUGAAAACACACCACCCUUGGAGGAGCAGAAAGAGCCAAAGGGAGCAGCGGAUGGUAGGAAUGGGGACGCCAGCAAUAAUGGCACGAACGGAGAGGCGGCAAACGAAAACGGACGGUAUCCGGUGACGGAAAUGGCAGGCACGUCGGUACAGUACGAUCGGGAAGUUUAUGGUGAUAUAAUCAAGUUCUACAACGACAUCUACGUCGUGACAGUGCACCAGUUUGCUUUGCAGUAUUACAACACAGACGUGUCGCAGGAAUCAUUAUUCCUCUCUCCAACGCCCAAGUCGCACGCGCGCAACAUACAAAAAUCACCGCGCCAGAUCAGCUCCGGUAUCAAUCUGUACGUAUCGACCACGAACAAGAUUAGCUCGCUGAAGGACUCACCGAACGUACGCAAGCUCACCUUCCCAUUGAGCCCUGGCCAAAGCCCGACGAUGCACGAACGUAAGAUGCCACUGUCGGUUCGAGAAAAGCCCGGAGGUACGGUUGUACGUAAAUUAACCGAACCGAGCGAGACGACUUUACCACCGAAGCUGAGGCGGUUGGAUAAAAUCCAUCAGGAACGGCAGCAUCCGGAUCAUGAGUCGUCGGAAAACGAGUAGAACAGGAUAGAACUGUUGGCCGCCGUUUCAAAGCUUUUCCCGUUUUGAUGGUUGCUCUAACGCCUUAUUUUAUGCCUUCCCCACAAACCCAUUCGCUAGAUGCGUUAUUACUGUUUGUUUGAUUUUUUUCUACGCGUACGAAUUUAAGCUUCACCAAGACGGCAGACAAAUUACGGACUUUCUAGGACAAUUCAGUACUCAUCGUGUAUGCAGGUUUUCGACUUUUCCGUUUUAUUUUUUAAUUUAAGCUGCUUCAAGGAAAUCUUCUUCUGCAGCCGCUAGUGGUAGUGCAAUUUCACUUCCCUUUUUUAAGAACCAUCUGCUUCACGCAGAGAGGGCAUUGUGCGUGUGUGUUUUUAACCCGAUCCAGGCAAAUAAUGUGGGUGGUGAACAUAGGAGUAUAAGUUUCGUUGACUGUAUAAUUUUAGGUUUUUAUCCUGUUGGGGCGAUGCUCUGGCAUUUUUUUUACUUCUCUUUGCUACGAACAACAUGAUACAUUACUUGGUAGUAAUGCCGGGGGUUAUGGUUUUAACGAUAUGUUUUAUUAUCCUAUCCUUUAUGAAUUAUUUCAUUUUUAAACACUUUUUCCACCCCGCUCCAGUUCGCUUUUACUGCUAAGAAUAUGUUUUUAAUGAUUUUUUGUUUUGUUUUGUAAGCUAACAUAUAGAUGAUGGGAUUUUGUUGAGAUUAAAUGACAAUCGCGAUCUUUUUUUUUCUUUUUUUCUUAACAAAAUUUAAAGCGACAGCAAAAAAGAGAAAGAGAAAACUGGUAGUAACUGGUGGUCCUUCUACCCACUGUUAGUGAGGCCUUGCGUACAAUUCUGUCCUAUUCUCAUCUUUUCCUGAACCCCUUACUGGCGACAAGUUUUGGUGGAUCUCAAAGUUCGGUGUCUUUCAUUAUUGUGAUCUUCUUUUUUCCAUUUAAAGCGUAUUCUCCAUCCGCAAACACAUGCGUAAUCGUGUGUAUGUGCGUAUGUGUUUAUGCAUAUAAUGUAUGUUAUAUAUAUGUGUGUGUUUUGUGUGUUUUAAUGUAUAAGUGUGAGAGGCUCGAUUUUUAGCCCUUGCCAAACUUAGACUUUUAGUAGCAAAUCUUAAUAAUUUUACAGCACACGAAAAACAUGCCCAUUCUCCUACCGCCCCCCUCUUAGUGUAUAGUGCUUAAUGUUUAUUUAUUUAAAGAACCAACCUCUACUUACACUGGAUUUAUGUGCAUUUCAUCCACGUAAGGAUCAGUUAUGUCUAAUGUUUACUUUGUGAGCGUAAAAUAAGAAGAAACGAUACAAAGCUACGCUCUUUUGUGGACUGAUUGCGAUUAAUCUGGUACUUUUAAUUCCACCGGUAGGCUAUAAAAUGUGUAUAGAAGAUAUCCGACCUUGCAACGAAUCAGGUGCGAUCGGGAGAUUGUCUCUGCCGAUGAGUGAGAAUAUCAUUGUUAUCUCAUUCCAACUUCCACUGUGUAAACAUAGACUUGUAGUCGAUUUUUGCAACGCUACCCCGUUAAAUAGGAAAUGAUGCGUGUGCUUCUUUCGAUCGUAUAAGGUUGGCCCCAAACGAAACUGCCACGUAUACCCGUCCCAGUCGUUCGGGGGAUGGCAGAUGUAUGUGUACAGUUUUGCACCAUCUUUUGACAUUGUGUUUGGACAUUUGGAUUAGUAGAUGAACUAAAUUUUUUCAAUCCCAUUACCGAAAAUAGAUGCAAACGGGAACUGAUGAGAAAUGGACGGGGCAGAAUGAUCGCAAAAGGACAGCUAAGCUUUCAGUGUGGGAGUAUCAUAGUCAGGAGAAUCGGAAGCGAUGUGAGAUGGAAAUUACGACGAAUAGAUUCGAUGGGAGCCCCCGUGUGGUGUAUGUGAUGAACGGCCGGCGGUUCCACACGACAGGACCCCGGGUAUCGAAUUUCAUACCGACGGUCCCUCCAUAGCAAGGACUGACUGUUCGGCAACGUGGUAAAAAUAAGUCUAGUAAGUCAGAAAUGACCUUAGAGGUCGUUAAGCCAAGAAGAGAAAAGAGAGCCUAUUUCGGGACACUGUAAGGAUUGGUCCCUUGUAAAAAGUGCUAAAUGAAAAGUCCACUACUGAUCAUCGUGUGAUGUGUCUGUAUCAUUGCUACAUCAAAUACAGGAUUGUAGUACCAUUGUUCCUAUUCUGCAUUGUGCUCUCUGUAUUUGAAAUUUUUUGUUUCACAAAUUGCCAUUCUCGAAUGAGCAUUUUAAUCAACACAGGAAUAUGCUUAAGCAUUUUUAGUACACUUUGGAUCUAGGAACAUACAAAAGAUUUUGGUAUCUUCUAUAUUGUGCUUGUUGUAUGUAUAACUGCGAUCAUCUAGGUUUAUUUGGAAGUCGCCUAUUUGUUCAAUCGCCGUGCAUGUAGAGAUUUGACGUUUUCUCUUGCUAACUUAUGCUUUUGUGAAAUAAACUCCCAUGUAGUACAUUUGAUUUUUCUAAACUGAAGGUUGUUAUGUAUACUGAGAUACCUUCCUUGAUUCUGUUGAGGAUCAGGCUAGAGUUCUUUACACAAGACUAGCGACGAUGAGCAACCUCUAAUGCCAGACAAGUCUUAGACCGCGUGGUCUUGGCGAAGCAGAAGAUGCUCAGGAUAUUUAGCCCUAUAUUUAAGCAAGAACAAUAUGGGGAAGUUAACAAACGCUGUCAUUUAUUGAACGACUUGGUAGCAAUGAUGGUAGAAUUUUUGUCCUAUUCACAAUCACGUUCGAUCUUUGUCUGGUAGUUGAUGGAAAAGUUAUUGGAAAUAUACCAUACCAGAUAACGGAAUGAUCCUCUGGGCAUAUGGGAACUAAGUUUGAAGUUAAGUUCCAGUCCUCAUGUUCCAGUUCCAAUUCCAACAAUUCUACGUGUCUGGUAGUUUGGUCCAGACUUCUCUUCAAUGGGUUACGUCCCAAAAUCUGAUUCGUCGUAAUUUUUUUUUUCGCUGAUCGCUUUUCACUCUCUCGACCGACCGAUUUCAGACAAAGAGAUAACACAUUGCAGGACUUUCGUUUUUUUUUGCUUCAUUUAUUUGCCACCCUGCGCCUUAAGCUUAACAUCUUAAAGCAAUACGUGUCUUGCCCGUUUCGGUACGCAUAAUGCAAAGUUUACCUUUAAGUUACAACACAUUAACAAUAACUGUUACGGUUAAGCUUUUUCUUUAUAUACCUUAGAGACUGGGUCAUAAGCAUGUUUUGCCCUUUCUUCGUGCGCCGUGCGUAGUGUCUGUGUGGUUAUCUAAUCCUUCUGCUUAAAAAACAUAGUACGCUACCUCAUUCCUUCAUCGUGUUGUCCCCCAUAAUUCCCCAUUGAUCAGCGACUAAUUGUGAUUUUUAAUGUUUAUUUUUCGCUUUUGUUGUAAUAACUAAAAAUCCCAUCCCAUUUGUGGCAGAGUUACGCUCCAUUCACUCAUACACCGCGCAACCUGCUUUUUUGCGUUUAAUAGUAGCUUCCUUUCAUUUUUUUGCAAACGCAGUUCUAAUAGUCAUUUAUCAUACGUUAAAUAUUUUACGACGAUCAAUAUAUUAUAUACACCAAUUAAUGAUGUAA